AUGUCAGCUAGAGAUUCAACUGAACCAGGCUAUACAGACACCCCAGAUCCAGCUGAACCAGGCUAUACAGACACCCCAGAUCCAGCUGAACCAGGCUAUACAGACACCCCAGAUCCAGCUGAACCAGGCUAUACAGACACCCCAGAUCCAGCUGAACCAGGCUAUACAGACACCCCAGAUUCAACUGAACCAGGCUAUACAGACACCCCAGAUCCAACUGAACCAGGCUAUACAGACACCCCAGAUCCAGCUGAACCAGGCUAUACAGACACCCCAGAUUCAGCUGAACCAGGCUAUACAGACACCCCAGAUCCAGCAGCUAGAGAUUCAACUGAACCAGGCUAUACAGACACCCCAGAUUCAACUGAACCAGGCUAUACAGACACCCCAGAUCCAGCAGCUAGAGAUUCAACUGAACCAGGCUAUACAGACACCCCAGGUCCAACUGAACCAGGCUAUACAGACACCCCAGAUUCAACUGAACCAGGCUAUACAGACACCCCAGAUUCAACUGAACCAGGCUAUACAGACACCCCAGAUCCAACUGAACCAGGCUAUACAGACACCCCAGAUCCAGCUGAACCAGGCUAUACAGACACCCCAGAUCCAGCUGAACCAGGCUAUACAGACACCCCAGAUUCAACUGAACCAGGCUAUACAGACACCCCAGAUCCAGCUGAACCAGGCUAUACAGACACCCCAGAUCCAGCUGAACCAGGCUAUACAGACACCCCAGAUCCAGCUGAACCAGGCUAUACAGACACCCCAGAUCCAACUGAACCAGGCUAUACAGACACCCCAGAUCCAGCUGAACCAGGCUAUACAGACACCCCAGAUUCAACUGAACCAGGCUAUACAGACACCCCAGAUCCAGCUGAACCAGGCUAUACAGACACCCCAGAUCCAGCUGAACCAGGCUAUACAGACACCCCAGAUCCAGCUGAACCAGGCUAUACAGACACCCCAGAUCCAACUGAACCAGGCUAUACAGACACCCCAGAUCCAACUGAACCAG